GCUGUAUUCGGGCGCUGUCAGACGCUCUUACUGCUUCCUCCCACGCUCCUGCCUGCGCAGUCGUUCUUGCUUUUUGGCUGGCGUCGCUGCUCCACCACUUAAAACCCCGCGAUCUCCGCCUGCACGUCCUGCUCUCCCCAACGCCUCGCAGACGCAGCUAGUUUCGAAGCACACCGCACUCUCCAGCUCGUAGCCGCUUUUCUGAGCUUUCUACGCCCGCAAACGCCUCCUCUGCACAGCUACCCCGCUCAUACCCCAGAUUCAACAAUCCUCACGCAUCAAGCUCCACCCGUCGUCUCCACACACCUGCAUCCCUCAAGCACGAUGGCCUACGAGAAGAAGGCAGUCCACUUUGGCGGUGGCAACAUCGGCCGUGGCUUCGUGGCCGAGUUCCUGCACAAGUCGGGCUACGAGGUCGUCUUCGUCGACGUAAUGGAGAGCAUCAUCGACGCUCUGCAGGCCAACAAGCACUACACCGUCACCGAGAUUGGCGAGGAUGGCGAGCAUUCGUUUGACAUCGACCACUACCGUGCCAUCAACAGCAGGAAGGAGAUGCCCAAGGUCAUCGAGGAGAUCGCGACUGCCGAUGUCGUCACUUGUGCCGUGGGCCCCAAUGUCCUCAAGUUUGUCGCUGAGCCCGUGGCCAAGGGCAUUGCGGCCCGCAAGCUCGACUACCCGCUCGCCGUCAUUGCCUGCGAGAACAUGAUCGGCGCCACUACGACCUGGAAGGGCUUCAUCGAACAGCAUAUCUCGGAACUCGGCGACAAGUCUAUCCUCGACAAGCUCGACACCAAGGCCCGCUUCGCCAACUCCGCCAUCGACCGCAUCGUUCCACACCAGGACCCCGACGCCGGUCUGAACGUCAAGAUCGAGAAGUUCUACGAGUGGUGUGUUGAGAAGCACCCCUUCGACGGCGCCAAGAUUCCUGCUAUCGAUGGCGUCCACUUCGUCGGCGACCUGGAGCCGUACAUUGAGCGUAAGCUGUUCACCGUCAACACCUCUCAUGCAACUGCCGCCUACUACGGCUACGCUCGCGGUAAGGCUACCAUCCACGACGCCAUGACUGACCCUGCUAUCCACGACAUCGUCCGUGACACUCUGAAGGAGACUGCCCAUCUCAUCACCAACAAGCACGAGAUCACCACCGAGGAGCAGGACGACUACGUCGAGAAGAUCGUGGCCCGCAUCUCAAAUCCAGCUCUCGAGGACAAGGUCGAGCGUGUCGGCCGUGCCCCACUCCGCAAGAUGUCCCGCAACGAGCGGUUCAUCGCCCCGGCUGCCCACUUGGCUGAGAUGGGAUCCACAUACAACCACCUCCUCGGCGCCUUCGAGCAGGCUUUGAAGUUUGUGAACGUCGAGGGCGACGAUGAGAGCUUCGAGCUGGCUAAGAUCCUGAAAGAGAAGAGCGCAAAGGAGGCGACUUUGAAGAUCACCGGCCUCGAGGAGACCCACAAGCUCUUUGCUGAUGUGGAGAAGGUGAUUGCCAAGGUGCAGAAGAGCUCGUCUCUAUAGGCGCAGGCACCUAUUCGAGUCAUCAUGUGCCCAACUAGAUGACUAGUGGGAUGAGGAAAAAGGGCUUCGGGGUGGUGAACGAUGAAUCUGAUUUGACGAAGUAUACGUAUCGCUGGAAUUUUCUACAUUUGGGCUGGCGUUGACCCUUUGAGGCUGCGCGAUCGAAAAAACCUGCAUGUUCUUUUUCUCCUUUCCGCUCUUCGAUAUUCCUACCUGUGUAGCCCGAGUUAUGCUGUGAGCUGUCGGCGCGCGAAACUGAAAUGCAAUACUAUUCUAUGUCCUCUUAUUAUCUAGCUAUUAGAUAGAUGCGGG